AUGGCUGAGGACAGAAGCAAAUCAAGCAGACUUGGUCACCCAAGUACCAUAUUGCGACUGUGCAAUAGAGCAGGGGUACUUUUUGAGGAUGCAGACACAGACCGGGUAAAGGGAGGCAGAGGAAUCACCAAGCAGAGGAUGGAAGGUAUCACUGACACUCAGCAGGAGAGAAGACCUCAAGGAAGAAGAAGAAGGAGACCACAAAUGGAAGAGGGACAAGCUUCUAGCGCAAUAGAUUUAAGCCAAAUGCAGAGCACCAUUGAAAAAAUGUCUCGGCAAUAUAUGAGGGAUAAGGAACAACAAGAACAAUACAUGAGGGCUCAGGAGCAGCAAGAGAACUGGCAGCUGAAGAUGAUGGAGCAACAAGAAAAUUUCCAGCUGAAGAUGAUGGACCAACAGAGAGAAUUCCAUGCAAGAUUUUUGGAACAGCAAAGGGAACAAUCUAGUCAAUCUCAAGAAUCAUUCGACAAAUUGUUUCAACAACAAGCUGAACAUGAGAAGUACAUCCAAAAUCUUUAUCAAUGGAAGAACAUAUACCACACAGCUGGAGAGCAAAGGUAUCUAGACAGAAUAGAGUAUGAUAUAGAGACUCAAUCAAAGCUAAACUACAUAGCCUGCGACAUGCCAGUGGUGAACCGAGAGAUUAAACCAUUUGUCCAGUGUCAGGAAUUAGUAAACAAUCAAAGAGCAAGAGCCCAGAGAAAUAUAGAAAGAAUGGAGCAAAGGUUGAAGGAGGUUGGACUCUAG